AUGAGGGAGGUCCUGUAUCAUGGCUUAGUGAAGCUUGUUCUGGUGGAUCACUUAUUUGUUGAGGCUGUUUUCGAUUUUCUCUUGCCUCACUUCCUACGAUUUUACAGAGAGGAUGCAGAUGUACCAUUGGCAAUUGACCUAUGUGCUAAACUAGACUGUGGUGGAGUUUGUAUUGAAGAGCCACUGGACUGCCUUAUGUUUUGCAUCUCUUUGAUUCUUUUUCUUCAACCACAUUGUAGAUCUGACCCUCUUCCUGAUUCAGGAGCUUGUUUUGGCUUCUCUAUCACACAAGAGAAUGAGGCUGGAAAAGUGUUGUCUGGAGAGUCAUUCUCCAAUGCGUUAGUGAAGAUCCGGAAGUUUCUAAGAAAUGGGAAUUUAGAAGGCAUGCUGUGUAAAAGUCAAAUUUCAGGCUCCACCCCUAUAGAAGAUGAAAAGCUGAGAUUCCACGCUAUGCUUUUGUUGGGGAUUGUUGAGGUAAUGUUGAACAUCACUGUUACUGAAUUGGAGAAAGCAACAGAUGUGAACAAAAUGGAACUGGAAAGGGAACUUUUAACGUUAGUUGGCUUUCACAAUUCUUUGGAAAAGUAUACAUCUAUUUCUCGGCCAAGCAAUGGUAUUAGAAGAGGGACAGUACGACCUACUGCUGGUGAUGCUGCCGAUAGACUUGCUCCAGGCAGCACCAAGCCCUCUCCAGAAAGAACACCUCUUCUAGCAAUGCCAACCAUCUGUCAGCUAUUGAAAAUGGCAUUAGAAUCGUUGACAUGUGAUUCCUUUAGAACUGAAGCAGCUUCCCAGAACCACGUGCAGUUGUCCAAUGGCGAGGCAUCAGCUCCAAAUUCUGAACUUCUUUCUUCCAUUUUAAAUAUUUGCUCUCUCCAGUUAAAACUUUUUCCUUUUCCGGAUAAAGAUGAUCCUUGGAAGACAUUGAUUUAUGGUGAUAUUAAGCUGUUGGGGUCUCCACUGCUGAAACUGAUUUGGUGUCUCAAGUCUGAUAUAGAUAAAAAGAGAAAAGAAGCCAAGGGAAGGAAAGAUGUUGAAGAUAGAAAGGAACAUAUUCAUUUGGGAUUGCUUUGCUUGAAGAAAUUGAUUGAGAUAAGUUUGUAUAGCUCGAAAUAUGUGGGCUUAAUUGAUGAUUUGGUCUCGUCUCCUGGACUUGAGCAAGAAUCGACCCAUUCUAUGGAAUUCCACGUCAUUGAUGAAUGUAAAUUAGCUGACGGCAUCGAUGAUCAGAACACGAGAAGCGAAGAAUUAUUCAUUGAUAGGAAUAUUAAACCACUGCUUACUGAGUUUCUUGCUUUUUCUUUCUUCCAUGAAGCUCAGAUUCUUUGUGAUAUAACAGCUAUGAUUGGCAACAAAUUGCCUGAGGAAAGGAAGAAUCUUGUUGCCAUGUGGGCUAUACGCAUCUGCAAAAACAGUGAUGUGUCAAAUUCUAAGGUUGCUAAAAGUUUGGUCUCUCUUGCUGUUUCUUUAAGCUCGCCUCCUGGUGACCUACUGGUCGCCCAAGAAAUGGCUGCAGAACUUUCAAAAGUGACUGGAUCAGAUGAUAGUGAUCUGUUAGAGAAAUCUGAAACCUUCCGCAUCAUAAACAAAUCAACGGAUGAUGCAAUAGCUUCUAUCCUACUGCAGUUAGCUGAAUCAACCGUCGUUGACAUGGAUUGGAUUAUUACAAGACUGAAUACAUACUAUACAGCUACCCGAAAAGGCAUUCCUCCUAAUCAAACGGGUAUAUUUGAUUCUGGAUCAGUAUUGGAAGAGACACUUUAUUCAAGAGCAGAAGCCCUCUUGAAGGUCUUAUCUUUUUUCGUUGCCAUGACCCUCAAGGAUCCUCAAGCAGAGUAUUUAGUGAGAAUUGCUGCAAAGUUUUACAAGAACCUAGCUAGAAUAUCAAAGCUGCGUGUUGCUCCUAAAGGCUGCAAGCAAGUUUUACCGAGCCUCAAUUACCAGAAACUCGUGGAAAUAACUUGCAGGCAGUUAACUGCCCCAAUUUAUAACUUCGUGUCACAGAUGCAACAGAACCAACAAGAGAGCAAUAAAACCAGAGGACUUGUUAAUAAAAUCAAAAGAGAAAACCGAUGCAUCCCGGACUUGAUCUUCCAGAUAGAAGACUAUGAGAAAUAUCUCAUCCGAUUGAGCAAGAUCACCAAAAUUAAUCUGUUGAGGCAUGCCAAACGUAGUACAUCCCGAGAUUUCAAAAUUGUAGAGCCAAGUGAAGAUGCAUUGGAAGAAGAAAAUCCGAACCAAGAACUGGAAAACUAUAAUUCCAAUGAUGCUGAAAGUGAAUCGUCCAAAGAAUCUCUAAACGAAGAAACUGAAAACGUUCUGGCGCCCGAGUCUAGUCCUAUGGCUGCAGAGGAUUCUGAGAGUGAGGAUGAAGCUGCUCGUCCUAGAGCUAAAAGAGCCAAAAUGGGCAGCGUUGUGCACGAAUCCUCGGACGAAGAAGCAUAA